UGUAUUCAUCGCGACCUUUCAGCUAGAAAUGUCUUCAUUGGCGAAAACCUCGUAGCCAAAGUUGGUGACUUUGGAUUGGCAAGGGAUAUCUCGUUCGAUGGCAUUUACACCAAAACAUCCUCUGUAAGUACAUGUUAGUUCGGGAAUCACUCUUUUUCUAGUAUCCUUAGUUUAACCACACAAUCCAAGUACGUUAGCGCUAGCAUAAAGCUCUUUACUUCACCCUUUUCUUUUUCCUAACCUACUGUCUGUAGCUUCUAAAAAGAGAUUUGUUUUCUCUUCUAUAGGGUAAAGUACCUUGGAGAUGGAUGGCGUUAGAAUCGUUAAAGGAUCGUGUAUAUACUUCCAAAAGUGACGUGUAGGUGUCCUAACUGCUUGCGUCCAAUCGUUAAAGUCAUUUCGACUAUACCGUUUACUCAUGUAUGUAAAUUGAAUUAUUCUUUGACUUAUUGUAAUAUCUUUCUGUUUCUUUCGUUUCCUUAAAGAUGGUCGUAUGGUAUUGUGUUGUGGGAGAUUGCCACUUAUGGUGGGUAUUAAAAGUAGACAAAUUUGUAUGCUCUCUUCCAAGAUAAAACUUACCAUUUUAUAUAUAAUAAAUAUGUUCCGUAGAGUAUUAGUAACACCAAAAACGAAUACAAACAUCCCACGAUAUUUUGUUCUAGGGAAUAGGUUAUUUAUAUUCUUGAAGAUCGGUUUGAGAAGUAUUUUUUGCUAACGCCGUGCAUGAUGGAACAUUCAUAUUUUCCCGAAGGAAAUAAAAAAUGCGAGCGAAAUUGUAAGCGUAAACAUUACCGAAUUUCUGUCUUGAGUAAAGUUGCCUGAAGAGCAUGAUCGAAUAGCAAAAUUUAAACCAAGAUUAUGCGCUAGAUAGAACACAAUGAAGUUGACAAUAGGCCUGACUGUGUUUUACAGUUACACGUGGAGACGAGGCUGGGUUGACCUAAUUAUGUUAAAUCAGUUAGUUGUUAUGCUAACUAGUAUUUUUUAAAUAUAAUGAUCUUGAGAAAAGGAAACUGUUUGUAUCAAAACAAGGCCAACCUCCCUUAGCCUUUUAGUGAAUGUGAGACUGAUACCAAGCUCAUAACUGUAAAAUAGUCUAUUGUCCAUGAAGUACUUCCCCACAGAGGAACUGACCAGUAUUUGGUCAAGGAAAUCAACAUAACACACUCCAAAAACUCUUUAAAAACCUGUCGUCAUUAUUUCCAACCAAGAUGAAUUAUCAAGUCCGUUGUUGUCAAUUUAUUCUUUGAAACUCCUUGACUAACUCCUUGACUUUGCGGAAGAUGUUUCUUUCUUGCCUUUGCAAAUCGAUUUUCCACGAAAACCGGAAAGCCAUUAUAAGCCCUACACUAAGCUGUGACGAAAUGAGUUGCUCCAAAUAACACAUUUAACCAUCUUGACUUUUUUUAUUUUAUUUUAUUUCUGACCAAUCAUUUAAAACGUCGAAAACUGAUUUUAAACAGGUCAGACAUUCUCAUUAUAAGUAAACGUUUUUGUUGUUGUUUGCUUUUUGUUUGCUUAUUUGUUUGUUUGUUUUUCUUUAGUUCGUCUAAGUCGAUGGAAUAAAAGAUCUGUUAUUGGACGGUUUAGUGUGUAGUAUCGUGGGAUAUUUCUACCCGUUUCUUGUAAUAUGACCUAAAAUUUGGUGGAUGUCUGUAGGUGAGGUGCUGUACCCUAACAUAAUAAUACUAGCGGAUCUAAUCAGUUGGCUGUCCAUGGGGAACCGUAUGUCACGUCCGGAACAUAGCUCAGACGAACUGUAAGUUUGCAAUUGUCCUUAAGCUUAUACAAAUGAAUAAAUGAAUAUUCAAAAACUCAAUAUUUUAAUCAAUAUUUAUCCAGGGACAUCCAAUUUAGUAGAGCUAGUUUAAAUGCAGCCCUGACACAACACAAAAGCAAAGACAUUAAAACAUUAAAACUAGAAAAUUAAUUAAGUUACACAGCCAAAAUGUACCGCGGGUGUUACUGUUUAAAAUGGCGCUUUAGCUUGAUUUUAAAUUCGCUGAGCAUCUCUACUUGUCUAAUGAUCCCCUGGAGCUUUAGCGUGUCACGCUCUAUUAACUGCGAUUUACUGUUUCAAUGUAAAUCUUUAUAGAUUUAGGUCCUGUUUACAUGGAGGUGGGGGGACCCAAGGUAAGUGAGUUAACAUUUGGCGGGUCACCCCACCUAUCAUGUUAACGUGAUCAAAUUAAAAUGACCUGUAACCUUGAAACUCUGUUACCUUGUAGUUACCUUAAUACUCUUAAAGUCGGUACAAUAUAUGUCCCCAUACAUGAUAUACGUACCGCUAUAGCAGUGUUAAGCGCUGCACUCAAGACUUAUCAGUUGUGAAGACGCAAGGCAUUGAGACACGUUUUUCCAGGAAUGUCUUUGAAAUUUAAAGAACAUCAUCCUCGGAAUUCGGACUCGCACACACUUGGAGGUCGUGAACAAAUGAGAGCAUUCUGAGCCCUUAAGAACUUGCAAACUCGGCAACGGCAUCAGCAGAUUUUCUGGUGUUCUUUUCACAGUUCUUUGUGUGUUCCAAUGUAUCAGUCGGAACGAACAUGUGGGAGACGGUAUUUAAAAUCGUCUCCAAAUGCUGAAUCUGCAUCACUCGCGGUCUCCCCAUUUUCCCUCAGUUCUGCAUUGUCUCGCUAACUUUGCAUUAGUGAAACUCCAAUGUAGGUCAAGGUCAGGGUCAUUUAUUUUAGAUUUUUCAUUGCUUUCAGGUUCAUGACCCUGAGAAAGCAAAUUUUUUACACACGUGUCUAAACCGCUAUGUAAACUUUUAGUUGAAAAUAAACAGCAGAAACAGCUGAUCGAUCGCGCGAAACUGGAUGAUGUACACCUAACUUUCCAACAGUUCCUUUUCAUUACUAUUUUGAUUUAUACGGAGGCAUUUUAACCAAAACUUUAGUUGAGAAACAGUCAGUUUUUCCAUCUCUUCCUUAAUAAAACUAGUACCAGGAAUGUCCUCUGGAGUAAGAGCGACUUGAUCGUCCGCCAUGUUAGUUAUUUUAAAUUUGCCGCGGGGGCUAUUAAGCCUCACUUCCAUGCAACUUCCGUUUUUUUCUGGAAACAGAGUAUUGCGUAAAAAUCCAGAACUUGAACGGGAUUUGAAACCGUGACCUCGCGAUACCGGUGCGAUGCUCUAACCAUGCAACUAAGCUAUGAAGUCAAUGAUGUUGGGAGCUGGUCAAUUAUGUGUUCAUAUGUUCCCGUGAUGAGAUGAAUGUGACAAAUGUAUAUGAAGUAAAUCAUAUAUGAGAACUGCGGAAAUGAAUUCUGGCAGUCGUGAACGCAAUACGCCAUUUGCUCGAUGACGCCUUUUACUACUAAGACCAGACUUCAUUUCGUUCUUUCUUUCAAAUUUAAAAUUGGUAAUCCAAGUGAUGUUUAAAUAACAAAAGCUCUAAUUUACAUAAGAAAGAAAAACCCUGAAGGAUUCUGGUAGUAGUAGUAAAAUGACGUCAUCGUGAACAUGGUCUGUUUAUGGAAUUGCGUAAGAAGCCUGAAAGAAAAUUCAGGACUUCAACGGGAUUUGAACCUGUGACCUCGCGCUCUAACCAGCUAAGCUAUGAAGUCACUUAUUUUGGGAGCUGGUCAAUUAUGUGUUCAUGUUCCCGUGAAAGAGAUGAAUGUGGCAAAAUAAUGUAUAUGAAAUAAAUCAUAUAUGAGAACUGUUCCAGGCUCCGAGAUAGUCGGGUCUGUAGAAGGCACAAGUGUAAUAAUUGGACCCAAGUGUAAUAAAGGUCCCAUCUGUAAUAACAUUUGGACCCAAGCGCGGGCGUAAUAAAAGUCCCAUCCGUAAUAACAUUUGGACCCAAGCGUUAUAAAAGUCCCAUCCGUAAUAACAUUUUGAACCCAAGGGUAAUAAAGGUCCUAUCUGUAAUAACAUUUGGACCGUCUUCAGCUUGUCUUACUUUGCUUAGAAAUCAGCGCGACAUUUUGGAGCUCUUACAUUGAAAUUCUCACCUGACACCAUUACGAUCCAAAAGAUGGCCAAUUUGCAAAAUAUUGUCACGCGCCUCUGUAUCAUUGUUCUCAGCUAGUCUAAUGGUGCUUAUCAUAAAGCGAUAUUUUGGAGCUCUUGAAAGAUAGUGAGAGACACCUCCGAAUAAAGAUAACAUAAGAAUUUUAACGUUAUAACUAGUAAUAGCCAAAGGUUACGGAGUGCGGGCGAUAACGAUCGAAGGUUUUGCUCCAGCGCUGUGCUUUGCGUACGUUUCACGUGACAGAUGGUCAAAACACGCGUGAUAAGAUUACGAGUGAUAGAAGGUCCAAACGCACGUGAUCAAAUUGUGUUCUGUGCAUUCCAUUCAUUCUUAGUGGAAGUCCAAACGAAAGCUGACUACAUACAUUGGAUGGGUGCGUAAUAACAACCUUGACAUUAGGAUUGCGGGCUCCUCUUGUCGCCCGCAGCAACAAAAAAACACUCUCGUAAGAACGCAGUAAAGCAGUACUGAGCACAUAUUUUCUUUGGUUAAUAGUUCUCAGUGACAAUGGCAUUUUUUUAAUGGCCAGUUCCGUUUAUCUAAUAGUAAAUACUUUUCUAGCCGAACUACUACAUCUAAAAUUCAGUUUGACAGUGACGUGAAAGCCAUGGAGAUUAAAUUAAAUGGCAGAGGUUGGUUUCCGCAGGUCACGUGAUUUUACACUCUUUACCUCUUAUUGGCCAUAAUUUGUUGUUGGUAUAUUACCAGUUUGAGUAUAAAGGUAACUUUUACAAAUACGGCCUUUAUUACACUUAGGUCCUAAUGUUAUUACAGAUAGGACCUUUAUUACGCUUGGGCUCAAAAUGUUAUUACGGAUGAGACUUUUAUUACGCUUGGGUCCAAAUGUUAUUACAGAUGGGACCUUUAUUACACUUGGGUCCAAUUAUUACACUUGUGCCUUCUACAUGGUCCGCUGAAUUGAGAAGACGCGAACAUACACACACAAAAAAAAAACAAGAAAGAAAGAAAGAAAGAAGUCAAAAACGGGAGGAAAAUGGGGAGAGGAAGGGCGGCGGAGCCUAUAAUCUCUGCUAACUUUUCACAUGCCUUACACUUUCGCGUCAGUUUUCCCCCAUUAUCUCUAAGCCUGGAACAGGCUAUUUAACAAUCGGAUAGCGUUUCCUUCUUCAAGACGAGUUGUAAUUAGGUAUUACAGAUUAAUUAUUCAAAUAUUUUCCGUUGCUAUUUGCAGGUAUGAAAUGAUGCGUUUAUGUUGGUUAGAAAACCCUUUUAUGAGACCCACAUUUGCUGAAAUAACGAAGCGAUUCCAGUAUUAUUUACGAGAAUAUAAGGUGCUGUCUUGAGUCUCCCUUUGUUUAAUCCAUUAAAUACUGUAAAGUGAAAUCACUGAACAAAUUUAUUGCUACUCCAAGAAAAGCCAAUUUCGGUUCCUGUCAAAAAUUAUUGGUUCAUUACUAUUUAUCAGCCACAAAAAAGGGAAAGCCGCUGUCGCUGACUUUCACAGGACCAAAAACAAACAAGAAUCCGUAAACUUAACGUGGCGGAAAGAAGCGACUCCGUUGCGGUGAACCCAAGAGGGCGGAAUGUCUAAUAUAAACAGUAUUACGACACAUUUGUUUGUUUGUUUGCUUAUAUUUAUUUGGUUACACCCAAUUUAGAGAAAUUAUGUGAAUGUAACCGACGGUGGCUCAGAAAAGGACCCAGAAGUCUCGUUAUUGGAUGGGAUUUCCUUGACCAAAACUACGACGGUUUGACAUCUGGAUCAGCAUGCUACGAGGCAGUUCUUAGUAUUGGUAGAAGUGGAACAUUUAUCAAACACCUGCAAGAUCACAUUAUAUAAAUUAUGGUCAAAAGAUUGAAAAGAUACUGAUACCCACACCACAACACACAAGCUAACCAUAAGUGGUUUCUGCAACACGAAGAAACUUAACCGCAUUAUUUUAUUGCGAUCUAAAAGUCGCAAUUUUGCUUAAUUAAGAUGACCAGUAUGGAUUAUGUUUCUACUCCUAGUGCGCAAUUUUUGACCGGGUUUGUAAAAUCGUUAUAACCUCUCUCAGCUGAAGUCGCUGUUCCUGAUCGUCCAUUUAAUUAUUGUCAUUAACAAUAUCCAAAGUAGCCAUUCUGAACGUUAAUAGUGCAGCCAUUCUCUUUUUCCUUUUUCCUUCUUCUUUUGCUCUGUGUUACCUUUACUUGCUCUAACGUGAUUUUUGGGCUUGAAAAUGUCGGGAUUUGGCCUUUUUCCCCAUGUUCGGUUAAAAAAUGGCUAUUGAUUGUUUUCAGUAGGCCCAUUUCUGAAAAUCGAGUCGUUUUGGAUUUUAUAUCAUUAACGUUGAUUAUGUUGUUAUUAUAGAUGGUUUUCACAGUGAAUUCAUCCAAUUGUAAAGUCAGAAUAGCGAGGUUUUACGAAUUCUCAUUUACAUUAGGUUGAAGAUAAACAAAAAUUAAAUCUUUGUACAAGUUUCCAAUCCCGUAGCAUGUUUCCGAGUCUUCACAGUGCGUGAUAUCAAAAUAGGAAUGUUGUCUCGUUGAAAAAAAGCCUCUCCUCCCGAUUUUUCAGCAGUAUAACCAUUUUAAGUACUAGAAGAUAUGUUUAUGCGCACGUAUGCUAGUUCUCGCGAGUGAACAGAAAGAGCUUUUAUAGAAAAAGUGAACUCCAAAUGUUUUUGUUGAUUUCCGGUGGCCAUAUUAGUGGACCAAAACGGUCCACCAAUAUGGUGUCUCCAUACAAAGAUCUACAAAAUUGCGUGGAACGUUUCGGCAAAUAACUCAGAAACUGUGUUUAUAUAUAAGUCUUUUACAACAUUUCAUUUUCUUGGCUCCUUCCACUGGACGGUUUCUAAUUUAUUUUUUUGUUGCGUGACAGUGAAAACGAUCGAUUGUUUAAAUUUAUUUCUCUGUGGGUGUUUCUCCUUAUUACAUAGUAUUAUGUGUUACGUAAAACAUGUUUGCUUAACUAAGUUAACUAGUAUGGAUUAUGUAAAAUAGUAAAAUUUAUCUUUAAAAUGAUCUUAACUGAAUGAAAACCUACGAAACUCACCUACAACAAAAUAAAUAACAGUAACUGCUUCAAACUUUGUAGUGAAUAGACAACAUAUUAAAUUUUUAUUAAGUAUUUUAGUAUUGUAAAUAUUCACUUUUUUAGCGUCUUAAUAGUAUAUUUUAUGAAGUGUCCCCAAUUAGCCCUAUUUAGGCCAAUUUUUUUUCAACUUUGCAUGCCAAAAAAUUACGUCACAUUUUUCUCCUUUUUUUUCGUUCCCAGGCCCCGAAAUCGUGACCCAAAAUCAUGUCGAUAAUUGUUAAUUUUUAGCUAGCGAAAAACAAAACUAGCCAAAGUUUACGAUUACUUUCUCUAAAUGUACGGUUAUAUUUACGAUAUUUAUUAAUUACCCUAUCUGGAAGUCGUAAAAUGCGUUGGGAAAGUGAAAAUAACCAUGUAAAUCGGGCUUCGAAGUCGUCGAACUCGAAAGAAACCGUGACAGUACAGGCAUUGACCGCUCGGCUUAAACACGAUCAUCACUUCAAGCGGCCUUAUCGUUUAAAACAUGCGUAUUUGAAAUGUAUAUGUACGGGUUGAUAUGGAAAGCCUGGGAUCUAAUUAACAUUUAAGCCCCAAAUUCGUAAAAUUCGUACGUGUUCGAGCGAAAAAUAUAUGUAGAUUGGCGUUUGAAAAGUACUCCUUCACAAAUGUUGGCAAUUUUGGGGAGCGCCCGGCCCUUCUUGUAAUUUGUAAUAUCUAGAAUUAGCCACAGCUAAAAGCGAAGCUCUCAUUGAUAAAUUUAUAACUUAAAUCAAACAAUAAUUUUGUAUUCCACAAAUCAGUUAACUUAAGAUGUGACUUUUGAGGGAAAAGCUAAGUGAUUUUGGAGUGAAACAAAUCUUGUAUCGAGUUGAUAUAGCCUUAUAUGUACACCCAAAAAAUAGUCUUCGGUCACAUUUAAGAGCAAUAAUGGCUCUUGAUCACAGUAGAUAAGGCGUGGAAAACAAAUUCUUGGAGAACAAAUCAGGCCGAAUGUUUUGCGUUCGACAAGUUUACAAAUUCUUGCCAAUAAAUCUGGGUGCGCGUAAACCAUUCUUUUUUUUUAUACACCACAUCUGAGGAGAAAGAGUACUAUGAGGCGCUGUUUUUAUCAUACAGACCUCUGUACAAAAUGCAGUAUUUCACAAUUUUUCAAUACGCAGGACCAUCGAAGUACGCGCGGACUUUUAAUUAGCGAAACCGUUCAAAAAAUGUCCAAAAUCACCUAUACGGCCAGCCGGUUCUAACUUUUGACAAGCGCCAGAUUUGCGAAGAAAUUUUAAAAGAGUUACGCUUCAACGUGAUAAAGAAUUUAUUGAGUCUAUUUUUUAUUAAUGGUUUUAUAAGGAUGUGUAAUCUUAAAAAGCGUUUGAUACGCUCGGCAUUUUGAGCACUCCUGCAAGCGAUGUUUAUGAACGCCUGAAAACAAACGGCAAAGCGAUGAAAAUUACACUUAUGAGAGUACCAACAAUCAAUAAAGAAAUAUAAUUCGGUAGAACAUUUACAGAGACAACAUUUUUCAUUCACGAAGACAAAUGACUAUUUAAGUGUCUCUAAGAAUCCUCAAGUCUUUACUAGUAACCUUAAAUAUUAAGUUUAUGUUUUAAGCCGCCGGUGUCCCGGUGUUUGCUUUUUUCAAAGAUGAACUCACGACAAGAAAAUCGCUCAAAGCUUUCUUUCUACAGCCAAAAUUAUAACUAAGUAUUCUUCGGAAAGUUUUUUCUUUCUAUUUAUGGUGAAUUAAUAUCGACUAAAGGUUUUUUAAAGUUCUGUAAGCUUAAUCUUAUAUCAAACCUCAUACUAGGUCAGAUCAGUGUCUCAGUCAAAUCUUAAUACAAACGUGCAUAAACUAGCUUCAUAAACUGCGCCGCUGGACUUCAUGAAAUUAGAUAUAAAUACAAUAAUUACUCAGGCUUACCAUAUUUCGAGAUGCAGCUCCUGAAAACUAUCAAGUAAGGCAAUGAUCGCUUGAGCCUUCAUAAUUUUCGUACGCAUCCAGCAAGGUGAAAAACAAAAACGAUGCCAUCCGAAAUCGGAUUAUCGGCUUUGACAAGCGACGCAUUUCUCAACCAAAAACCAAAUAAACAAACCAGCCAUGAAUAAGAGAACAGUCUUGAUAGCAGCUGUAUUUCAUUUUUUACAUCCAGUAGAAAAAGACAGUUAAAAACCUCACAAGUUGACUCAAACUCUGUCAGCUUCAGCUGUCAAAGUAAACAACUUUCAAGAUGCUGCAUAAAUUUUACGCAUGAACUCACCUGUCAAAUUUUAACCAAUCAGAGCAUAAAAAUUGGACGUGGAGCGUGACCAACAGGUGACCAUGGUUAGAAAAGGUCUUCCCCGCCUGUAUUUUAAAAAAAAUGGCUGAAUUUUUGCGUCUAAGGUCAGUUUGAAAUCAAAAUCGUAAUAGUGCGGGGCGAUACUGACAUAAACACAACAUAUUUGAUAUGAAUUAAAAAAUAAUAAACAACAGCCUGCGAUCAUUUGAAAACGAGUAAAUUGUCAGCGGAUAACUUCAAAAAAUACUCGACCUUAAUGGGUCGACAACUGAGCCCGCGAUACGGCCAGGUGAUACUGGUCAGCGGAUACCCUGUUUUGACAGCUGUCAAUUGAUGACAACAUUGAUGUGCAAUCAGCUUUCUCCUGGGCUCCCAAAGUAGCUUGAAAGUGUGAAAGUAAACAUUGGUAUGCCUUUGGUGCGGACGGACCGUCGGUCGGUCGGUCACGUGAUUACCAAAUUUUCUGGGAUGGGUAGAUUUACUUACCCAUGGUGCUCCGCAGGCGCGCCAGAGCUCCACUAUUACGUUUGUGUUGUGUUAUGUAGAGGUCGUGCAAAACGACCAAGAAAGGAAGGAUAACGGCGAUAGUGGGAAAUACAGCCACAAAGGAUAUCCAUCAUUUCGGGCCCAAAUAAACAAGUAAUCUUUGAAUCUAUAAAUUUCAAAUUUGUCGUAAAUUUAUUAAGUUGCGUCCGGUUUCAUGUUCAGCAACUGAUAAAUGUUCUAUAUGUUUGUUGGCAGUAAACUUCUGUACGAAUUGUACAAUUGCAAAUCUCCUCAACAAGAUGCUGAUGAUCGUGACGAAGAACUGGAUCCAGAGGAAAGCUUAGGCAAAACAAACUCCGUUUUAAGGAUUCCUAUGCAAAAAGUCGGACCGGAGUGUGGUAUUCCUAAUGUGAUAAUAAAUCAUAGACUUUGA